CGGAAAGAACAGAGUUCGCGAGCUUUGUGCGCGAAAAUGGUCGUCGACAAGUUCCUCCCCUUCUCCUUCUUAUCUGCGAACUCGUGAAAGGAUGUGAUGGGCUUGGAGACCGCCGAUGACACACCGUAUCCGGCGCUUCCUAGCAGGCGCAUCAAGCACCUCCUGGUGGAGAUGUUCGUCGCCACCAAGGCUGUGAUGGGGAACAUGUCGGAAGAGAUCAAGAAGGCACCUCUGCCCAUCGUUCACUACGGGGUCGACCUGUGGACGUGCAAGACUUCUGGGAUGAAAUUUAUUGAUGUCCAUGCGUCCAGGCGCUGUACCGGACGGCAGAAGAGGUGA